GGUUCACCAAGCCGCUUGACAUGAGCUGUUGCCAAGACGACGACUACGCGGGUCACAGAGGUGUCAACAAAUCUAUUAUCGACUUGGAUAUUUGAUGUGGAAUUAACCUAGGCUUUUAAGUGUAUGCUUGUACGUAAACUGCAACGUAAAUAUGGCAAGUACAACAAUAUCGCAAUCAUUGCCACCAAAUAUUGACCCAACAAAUGCACCUUUGGCAUUUGGUGUGAGAGCUCUUCCAAAGAUCAAUAGAGAGCUUAAAGAUGACACACUUAUUAUCAGACAAAGGGCUUUAAUGGCUUUAUGUGAUCAAGUUCAUAAUCCUGAAAAAGUUCAUGAAUCAAUUCAAGUCGGAUGUAUGGACAGUUUGAAAAAGCUAUUGAAUGACUCCGACAACACAGUUAGACAGAAAGCAACUGAAGUUUUAUCUAUAAUGGUGGCACACAAUGUUGGUCGUAACUCAUUUCUGGACAACAAUGUGAUCGCGUCACUAUCCAAACUUUUUGACGAUGAAGUUGAAAUUGUUAGAAGAAAUUGUCAUCUGUGUUUAGAAAUGCUUGCAGAAAUACCAUCCGGUGCACAAGGAAUCGUUGAUGCAAAAUUGAUCCCCAAACUCGUUGAAAAAUUGAAGAUUGAACUUGAUGAAGUUAAAGAAUUAAUUCUUGAUACACUGCAUUUCUGUAUGCAUGUUGAUGCUGAAAGUGCUCUAUCAGCUGGAAUAAUGCCAGUUCUAAAGGAGCUUUUGGCUCAUGAUUCUCCACAAAUCAGAGGAGCUGCAGCGAGAGAUAUGAUGGAUGUAACAGUUCCACUAGCAGGGAAAGUUGCUGCAUGUAAAGAUGAAAAUAUAGUCCCUGCAUUGGUGAAACUAUUAUCGGAUGCAAAUACAGAUGUAAAAGCUCGAGCAGCUGGCGCAAUAAUGACCAUCACAAUCACAACACAAGGUAAAUACAAAGCACUGGAAGCAGAAGCUAUCCCUGCACUUCGUCAACUUCUCUUUGAUACGUCAAGCGAAACUCGUCUCAAUGCAAUCAAAGCUUUAACAACAUUAGCAGAAGCUCCACAGGGUCGAGCAAAACUUUUAAACUUUGUUACAGAGAUUGAAGAGCGAGAAUCGGAUUCGAGUCGUGCAGUUGCUAGAGCGGCUCAAAUCGCUAAAAACGUCAUCACUUGGAAGCCUUGAUCAGCUAAUCGAUGACUUUUUUAAAGUUUGAGUUUUUUGUAUUUAAAGUAUAAUAGCAAGAUAGAAAAACA